UUAUGAUACAAUUCACCUUGUUAUCAAACUCAAAACCCCACGUAAAAAAAAGUCAAAAACAUCAUCUCCCUCGCUUUACAAAAUUCAGAAAAAGCUUUUCACGGCAACAUACGAAGAGAAAAAGGGAAGUAUGAGUGAAGCACCUGUAACGAAGCCGAUGGAGUCAAAAAGGACAUUGAAUUUGAGUGGUACGGCUAAGGAUGUGAAAAGCGCGCCACCACUUGGCCUGUUUGAUGUAGGUGAAAGUCAGCGCGCUUACAUAUUUCGGGUGUCCCUGCCUGGUGUCCGUUUACCUCAAUGUAAUGUAAAGCUUGAUGUGCGUAAUGAUGGGAGGGUGGAAAUUGAAGGGAUUGUCCAAGACAGUGAAUUUGUCAACAGUCAUGACAGUAACAAAUACAGGCCCAGGGUCCAACAACUGGCCCCACUUGGAAACUUCAACAUUUCAUUCAACUUACCUGGACGGGUUGAUCCAAGGUUGGUCUCGCCCACUUUCAGGAACACCGGCAUACUUGAAGUUGUCAUAAUGAAACACACCAUGACUGCCAAUCAACCUGAUAAUUCGGGUACCCCAGUCCCUGCUUCUAUUUAGUUUGGUUUGUACUAUUUUCAUCGGGUUCAAAUUUCAGUCAACCAUGUAUUAAACAGCCAAAUGUUAGCUGUAGGUGCAGUUGUAUGUUGUUGAUGCUUAUGAUUAUGCCCGCCAUGGCUGUGUUGUAACUUAAUCCAUCAUUAAAUCUAUGUGUAGGGGUACAAGCUUACAUGGGUU